AUGGCUGCUUAUACGAGCCUAGCUUCCAAUGGAUGUAAGGGUUUCCAAUGGCUACACAUUGCUCUCCAACAACAGACGCAAAUCGCUCAAAGUACCCUCGUCGCUGUUGUUACUGGUAUCGGUGGCAUGUACGUUACAGACAACUACGGAAUACGGCUAUCGUGGGCUGCUGAACUCGUCCUGAAUGUAUGGGAUUGGUUCAUUGCACUUGCCCAUUUUAGAGAAGAUUCCUCAUGUGAUUCGUGGGAUAGCGGAUAUGCCGGUUUUACAGAUUGUUUGCGGUACAACUUUGAACUUUGUUCAAUCAUUGCCGCCUCCGCUCAAGCGUUUUUCUUGGUAUUGCCAUCGAAAAUCGCCGAAACUUGGUUCCCAGAUCGUCAACGAUCGCUGGCAAACGUGCUUACAUUUAUUGCAAAUCCAUUUGGUGUUGUCCUUGGCACCAUCAUGCCGUCCCUGUAUUUUAGUGGUAACACCAUGGUUCAUCGCUCAUCUUGGCAUAUGUUCGAAUUUAAUACCAGCAUGGCCAUAAUAACGACCAUCGCUUUCGCUCUGUCCCUCUUCAUCAGACGUGGUUCACCCCCGACACCCCCAUCAGCAUCGUCUGCAGAUCAUUCAAAUAACGCUCCAUCCUUCUGGAAUGCGAUCGCCAUCUGUUUCAAGAAUAAACAAUUCGUUAUUCAAAUGUUCACAUUUGGACUUGCAUUUGCUGAAUUGUGGGGCUUUAUGGUGAUCAUGUCUGAUAUCAUCACGGAACAAGGCUACAAUCUCUACGGUUACCCUACUGCACUGGCUGCACUGGUCGGUGUCGGGGCGUCUCUGGUCUGUGGAGCAAUCGCGGACUGCACAAGACGUUUCAAAGAGCUGCUAAGGGUCUGCUGGGUUUGCUUCACCGCCAUUAUUAUCUUCACCAGGAUGUGGCUUCGUCAUAAAUGGACCAGCCCAAUCGACUCCGCCGUGCUUCUGGUCGCUUGCGCGGGCCUCGGCGGCUUCUCGAUUCCACAGUUUCCGAUCGGGGUGGAAAUGGGCGUUGAAACGACCUUUCCGGUUUAUGAGGCAACAUCGUCUGGUCUGCUGGUUCUCAGUGGGCAACUGUGGAUGUUUGUUAUGUACUACGUGUUCGAAACGACGAAGAAGUUGAAAAUCAUGUAUGAAUUUGAUGACACAAAGCCGUCGGGGAAUUGGCAAUUGAACCUUGACAUCUGGUGUAUAUUGGGGGUCGUCGCAGCGUUUUUGUCGUUCGUUGCUAACCCUACAUACAAGCGCAUGCAAUAUGAAACUAGCGUGUGUGAACAACCACAAAAUGGAUCGGGUACUUAUGAGAUGUCUGCCAAACUUGAAAAAUCGAAUCACGCAGAUGGUACGAAGCUUGAUGAAGACGUGGAGAGGUUUUAG